AUGGACAUUGCGCUGGACGAGGACGAUGGGACGCGGGACGUGCUGGAAGAGCCGCUUCUCGACGAGGACCAGCGGCGCCAUACGAGCCUCCGCGGGCGAGACUGGGUUCGCGUCUCGCCACCGACCAAGCCGUCGCCGAGCCAUGGCAUGUACCCGCCGCCCCACUUCUUUGCGCGAGGCGACGCCAAAGAAGGCUUCCAGACGGUCCACGAGACGCCGCCUGAUCGCUACCAGAGCGGCUGGUCAACGGUCUUCUCGAUCUGGAACACGAUGAUCGGGUCGACGCUCGUCGCGCUACCGUACGGCUUCUCGUGCAGCGGUAUCGUCCUUGGCAUUGGCAUCGUCCUUCUCAUGGGCGUCAUCUGCUGCCACACGUGCAACCUCGUCGUCACCUACGGCAAGGACUUUAGCGAUUUUGGCGACCUCACGCUGUACCAUUUCGGGCGGCGCGCGCAGCUCGUUGCGAUGACAGUCUCGUUGCUCGUGCUCGUCGGCGCAUGUAUUGCGUACCACGUGCUCAUGAAGCAGUGCACGUACGCGGUCGUUUCUGCGCUCUUGCAUUGGUCGGGGCGAUCGGAGCUCGCGGUGCACUGGACGCCGUCUGCCGCGGCCUUGUUUGUGCUCCUUCUCUUCCCCGUGACGAAUCUCAAGCACUUUUCGACGCUCGUGUUUCUCAACUCGCUCGGCAUUCCAUUCGUGCUGUUUACGAUCGUGUUUAUCGUCUACCAAGGCGUCGACACCAUUGCGACGGGUCGCAUCGACGACGAUAUUGUCUUCGGCGGCAAGUCGACCUUUGGCGUCCUUGGCGGUAUCGUGACGCUUUCGUUCUUCAUCCACAAUGCGAUCCAGCCCAUCGUGCGGCACUGUGACCCGUCGCAGCGUCAGCGCCACGUCACGACGGCGUACACGCUCGUGGGCCUGAGCUACACGGCGGUCGGUGCACUCGGGUACAUUGGGUUUCCCCAUGGCCAUAUUCGCCAGAACUUUCUCGACGCCUUCCCCACCACCGAUGCGUUUGCUUUCAGCGCGCGGGCGUCGCUCUUACUGCAGCUCGCGACCGUGUACCCGCUCGUGCUCCUCAUCGUGCGCACGCAGCUCUUCCACUUGGUCUUGCACACGUCGUGGCCAGGGCGUGUGCCUGUGCUGUGUCUCAACGUCCUCGUCAUGACAAUCACGACGCUCUUCGCCAUCUACUACCCAAAUGUCGGCGACGUCUUGCGCUUUACGGGCGCAAUUGGCGGCUUUGUCCUCAUCUUUGGCGUGCCGAUUGGCAUCCACUUGAACGCACGCGUCGCCAAGCGUCACUUGACGAGGCGAUCGCUUGUCGUCUACGGCGCCAUGGGCUGGAUCGGCCUCGGGCUCCUCGUGCUGCAGUUUGUGCCGAUGCAGCAAUAA